CCGCACGUGUGGAAAUAUUAGGUACCACAGUAGUAGUUGAACUAUUCUUCUGCGUACAAUUUUUAAAGAAGAGGUGGAGAAAAGAAUUAGACAAUUGCCAAAGGUCGACUUGAACAAGCAGAGUUAGGCAUUUCUGAAUAUGGACUUUCUUGCUGUUGGAAAUAAAAGAAGCAAUGAAAGCGAAGUAUCAGAAGAUAACGAGGAAGCCAUUAAUGGAGAUUCAAAUGAAAACUCUAAGGGUUUAGGCAAGGCUGGGUCCUCUUCCUGGAUGAAGCUCAUGGAAGGUUUUAAUCCAGCAAUUCUAUUGAGUCUCUCUUCCUGCAGUGGUGAAGAGAGUGAUAGCUCAAAGAAUCUACUUUGCCAGCAAUCUGGUUUUGGUUCAGCCAUAGCUGUGCUUGCACAAUCACAUCUGGAAAGGGUGUGCCCUCUGAAAAGGCCGGUUGGGCCUGCAGUUCCAGAGAAGCAAUCUAGGGUUUCUGCUCAGUUAACAAUUUUCUAUGGCGGAACGGUAAACGUAUAUGAUGAUAUUUCUGCAGAUAAGGCACAGGCCAUUAUGCUACUGGCCAGCAGUGGGAAUCAUGGUGGUUUUGGGUCACAAUCUCCACCGGAAAAAUCAGUUUCGUUAGCGGUUUACAACCAGCCCGCUCGCAAGAUCUCAGAUCUUCCAAUUGCCAGGAAGCAAUCUCUGCAACGCUUUCUGGAGAAGCGCCAGGACAGGCGGCAGGCCAAAACUCCCUAUGCAAUAGACGAGAACGCAAAGCCAAAGCCAAGUCCAAGUCCACCUCCCAUAUCUUCCUCGCCUACUCUGCAGGCCACCUAGGGUUUGUUAAAUGCUGAAAAAACUCUAUUAAAAUGCUGUUCAGUUAUGCAUGCUUUCAGUAUAUCCUGAAAAUGCAGGAAAGUAAAUCUUUCUGACAGAUAUUUUCUAUUCCAGAAAUUCGCAGUUCUUACCUACCUACUUACGCUUAAAUAUUUUAUUUAAAGCUUGGGACAGACUAAGCAAUUCUUGCGUAUUUUAUAUAAAAUUGGUAUUUAAAUCUCUGCUUGCUUUAACUCGAGUUGCAACAGCGUUCACUGAAAUUCGGACAAAUAGCUGGUUGCGCAGUCAGGUCCAGAGAUUUAUAGUUGUAACUGCUACUUAUUUUGCCCACUCCGAAUUAAAAUUGACGACUGUUUGCACGAUUUUAGAAUGUUUUGAAGGGAACGGGGAACUAUAAAAUAUUUAUAAUUUAUUUGGAUGUAUUUGUUGUUAA